CGGCGGAAUCAGAAUCCGCAGUGAUGACCAUUACACUACAGAACCACGUGAUGUCUAUUUCCAGACACACUGAGAUAUAUAACUGACCACUACCCUAUAUAACCAGCAAUGGCAGUCACCAUACACCGCGGGCCAUAUAAAACCAUCCCCGCGAACACCUCCCCCGGCCUCCAAUUCCUCAAAUCCUUCCUCCCCGCCCUAGACUGCCUAGAUCCAAUCAGCCAACCCGUCGCCCCAUUCCUCCACCCCGAUGCCCCGAUCUACGUGGGCAGCAACCCGCCCAGCACCGGCCGCCAGGUAGUCCCGCUCCUCGAAGUACGCAGCAAACACCUCUCCGCCUUCCACCAUGACAUGGAGGUAGCCUGGGAUAUCGUCCCGGAGGGGUCUGACGGGCACACACGAACGGUGAUGUUCCAAGCAACCAGUGUGACGGUGUUCCGGAAAGAUCCGGAUCAGUUUGCGGUGCGGAUGGAGGAGUUUAAUGUUCUGGAGUUGAAGAAGAGAUCAAGGGAGUUAGGGCCGGGACAGGAACUAGAGGGGCAGUUGGAGUUGGAGUUUCAGGUCGUGGAGAUGCGGACGUAUUUUGAUGCUCGGCCGGUGCAGGAUCGGGCGGCGAACUUGCAUCGGGAGUCUGCGUUUGGGGAGGCAUAGCCUGUCGAUUGAUCGGGGUGAUCUGGUUAUCGAUAUGAGUAUAUCGAUCGAUCAGUGAUUGACUUGUAUGGAGUGUUGAAGAUGCUACUAGUAGCUGACUCAAGUAGGUCCCGUGACAUCAUUGGUAUGGAAUGCAACCUCACUUUAUUUUGACUUCAUCUUGCACUGUAUAACACUAUCAUACUACUC